GGAAGACUUCGCGGCAGCAGCAAUAUGCAUAGAAUUAUAGAAAGCGAUAUCAAUAGAGAAUACCAGACCAACAGCUCUAUAGCAGGGACGCAAUACUCGUAUGGAAAGAGCCACAGAGCCAAUGAUUAGCACGUGAUACAGACUUUUCAAGUGCCGGUGUCAGGUGAUUUUGCACAAUUCAAUCCGAGUCAACAUGGGCGAAAUCGGUCAUGAGAACGCAGCAAUCGUGAUGAAAGAAGUACAGACAUUCUUAACAUAUAUUUGCAGGACCAUGUCUUCCUCCGCGACUACCAUUCCUGGAUACAACUUCUUUACAACCGCCGAUGGAGUAGAGCUUGCCUAUCAAAGCCUUGGUGACCAAGCAAAGAAGCCAUUAAUUCUACUCCACGGGUUUACCGGAUCCUCUGCUGUCUGGGAUCGCAAUAUUGGCGCUUUACAGGAAAAGUUUUGGGUUAUUGCUCCAGAUCUCCGUGGCCAUGGGCGCUCCGGUCGGCGACCAGAUGGCCAAGAUGCCACAGUAGCAACACUGGGCCAAGAUUUGAAGGAGCUCGUGGAUUGGUUGGGAUUGAACCCAGAACUUCCGGGUGAUAAAUGCAAUACUAGUCGGAAUGUUGCUCGACCGAGCUGCAUAGCUGGCAGUCUUGGCUGUGCAAUUACUUGGUUGUUCGCGGAGCAGUUUGGAAAGAGUAUGUUUGACAAGUUAAUAUGGGUCGACCAGGCUCCGCUUCAAAACUACACACAAGAUGGCACAUGGGGGCCCGAGCAUGGCAACAGGUCCCUCAACUCCUCGGAAUCGUUGAAGAACAUGCUGGAUACUCUUUCGACGAAUCCCGACGACGUUUACAAGGGCACCGUUGAUGGUUGCUUGGCAUAUAUCUGGGACCCGACCUGGGGCAGACAGCAAUUUGACUCCGAGGCAGCGUACCUGAAGGCCCAAGAGGAUGACACAAGCUUCUUCCUAAAGAUUUCCCAGCAGGGUGACCCAACCUGGUUCGGAAAGUUGAUGUCUGACCAUACUGCCAUAGACUGGAGGGGCUCUAUCAAGAAGAAUUUCAGUGGGGCGGGCAGUGACAGCAGCACUGACAUAUUGGUCGUUGCGAGCGAAAGAAGUGGAUGCUUUCCAGCCAAAGGGCCAAUGUGGAUUGUAGAUGCCAUACUUGAAAACAGGAACAAGAGUGAUAAUGCAUCGGAUGCAUAUGUCCAAGGAGUUGUGGUAGACUUCGGAGGGCACUGGUGUUACUGGGAAGAUGCUGAGAAGUUCAACGACCUUGUGCUAAAGUUCUUAGCUGAGAAACCAACCAAUGAAUAAAUGCCAUGGCAGCUUAACUGCGCUUUGCCAAAGUCAACAACUUCUUUAAGAAAACUUGCCUGUGCAACGUGAAUAUGAAAAAUUAUAUCACGUGAGAAAAUGGGAAUUGGUCUCGACACUUAAAUUCAAUGCCUUAUAGUGUCACUGAAAGAAAAUAUAGUUGAUAUCAAUCCUCGGCUUUCUCAUAGUCCA